GUGUGAGUGUCGCACAAGUCACUCAGCUACUGGCACGGCUGCUGAGGGCUCCCUUUCCCUUGGGUGUGAUGCGGCCAGCUGGAGGAGCGAGCAGAGCGGAUCCGCUCCCAGGCCCUGGUGGUCCAGGCCGAGCGGGAGAAGAUACAGAUGGAGCUGAGCCACAAGAGAGCGCGAGUGGAGCUGGAGCGGGCGGCCAGUGCCAGCGCCAGGUGCUAUGAGCGCGAGGUGGACCGCAACCAGGAGCUCUUGACCCGCAUUCGGCAGCUGCAGGAGCGUGAGGCCGAGGUGGAGGAGAAGAUGAAGGGGCAGUUGGAGCGCUACAGGCUGUGCGAGCAGAACCUGGAUGCUGCUGGCCAGAAGCUUCGGGAGAAGGAGGACGGCCUGGUUGCAGCCAGCGAGACCAUCAGCGCGCUGAAGGGCAAGAUCUCAGAGCUGCAGUGGAGUGUGAUGAACCAGGAGAUGCAGGUGAAGAGCCUGGAGUCAGAGAAGCAGGAGCUCCAGGAGCAGCUGGCCUUGCAGCGCAAGAAGUGUCAGGAGGCUAACGAGAAGAUUCAGGAGCUCCAGGCCUGCCAGGCAGCGAGGGCGGACCAGGAGCAGAGGAUCAGGGAUUUGGAGCAGAAGCUGUCCCUGCAGGAGCAGGAUGCUGCGGUUGUGAAGAACAUGAAGUCGGAGCUAGUGCGGCUGCCCAGGAUGGAGCGGGAGCUGAAGCAGCUGCGGGAGGAGAGCGCCUGCCUACGGGAGAUGCGGGAGACCAACGGGCUGCUCCGGGAGGAGGUGGAGGGCCUGCGGCGGCGGCUGGGGCGCCAGGAGAAGCUGCAGGAGAGCCUGGCGGUCCUGGAGCUGGAGAAAGAGAAAGUUUCCGAGGAAAACUGCCCAAAAUCUGUGUUGAAUGCAGAGAGCCAAAGGACCCCGGAGGACCUGUCCAGCUUCAUCGUUGACCUGCAGCAGCGCGAGCUUGCCUUGCAGGACAGGAACAACGUUGUCACCAGCAGUGCCCGUGGGCUGGAGAAGGUCCGGCAGCAGCUCCAGGAGGAGGUCCGCCAGGCCAGCAGCCAGCUGCUGGCAGAGAGGAGGCGGCGGGAGACGCAGGAGGCCCUGGCUCGGAGGCUCCAGAAGCGGGUUCUACUGCUGACGAAGGAGCGGGACGGCAUGCGCGCCAUCCUGGGGUCCUAUGACAGCGAGCUGACCGCAGCUGAGUACUCACCCCAGCUAACCCGUCGGAUGCGCGAGGCCGAGGACAUGGUGCAGAAGGUGCACGCACACAGCUCGGAGAUGGAGGCUCAGCUGUCACAGGCCCUGGAGGAGCUGGGAGGCCAGAAGCAGAGAGCAGACAUGCUGGAGAUGGAGGUGAAGAUGCUGCAAUGUCAGACCGGCGCCGCCGAGCAGAGCUUCCCACUGUCCAGGGAGGAGGUGAGCUCACUCAGGUUGAAGGUUGAGGAGCUGGAAGGGGAACGCAGCCAUCUGGAGGAAGAGAAGAAGACGCUGGAGAUGCAGCUCGAGCGGCUGACCCUGCAGGGCAGCUACGACCAGAGCAAAACCAAGGUGCUGCACAUGACCAUGAACCCGGCCAGCGCGGCGAAGCAGCAGCUGCGCGAGGACCAGGCCCGGCUGCAGGAGGAGUGCGAGCGGCUGCGGGAGCUCGUGCGUACCCUGGAGCGGGGCGGCCCCGUCCCCGCCAACCUGGAGGCUGCAGUGGGGCUGCCCUCGUCCAAGGAGGUGGCAGAGCUGAGGAAGCAGGUGGAGAGCGCUGAGCUGAGAAACCAGCGACUGAAGGAGGUCUUUCACACGAAGAUCCAGGAGUUCCGGAAAGUGUGCUAUGCGCUCACGGGCUACCAGAUAGACGUCACCACGGAGAGCCAGUACCGGCUGACGUCCAUGUAUGCUGAGCACAAGGCUGACUGCCUCAUCUUCAAGGCCACGGGACCCUCAGGCUCCAAGAUGCAGCUGCUGGAGACGGCAUUCUCGGGCACUGUGCGGGACCUAAUCGAGCUGCACCUGCUGCGCCAGGACAGCAUCCCUGCCUUCCUCAGCGCCCUCACGCUCGACCUCUUCAGCCGCCAGACCGUGGCCUAGCCUGCAGGGCCCUUGCCAGCCACACCCCUGCACCUGUAGCCGGCCCGGAGGGGCUCCACCCUCCUCCUUCCCGGGACAUUCAGUCUGCCACUCCCGGCCCCCUCCCCAGGGUAUACCCUGCUCUCACACUGCUCAGACCCAGCGAAGUCACCGCUCCGUGUGAAUAAAGUGUGUUCCUUGGCUA